CGAAAAGCGCGUGACAGAUAUAAGCGUUGAGAGCAAGGAUAUUUUGUGUAUUAUAAUCCGCACGUGAAAAUUUGAGUCAAUUUUAAUACUUAGUACCGUACACAUUAUAUUGUGUUUAAGUCACUUAAAAAUGUGCGCCGAUCAAAACAAAGUGUCGGUGAUGAUUUCGCUGUACCAGGAUACCGUGUAUGAGUUAGAGACGGCUAUUGAAAACGCCGCCAAAUCGAACUACCAUUCAAUCACGAUUCCAAUAGUUCACCGUCGGUUCGAAAGAGAAUUUAUCGAUGAACCCUUGAAGUCCAGUCAUAAUCGCUUUGCGCGAUCAGAUCUAUUGUUGACUUCAUCACAAUGGCUCAAUCGAGUGAUAUGUAGGCUGAGCAGUAAUGUGGAUUGUGACUCGAAGGAUGAAAACGUGCGAAAGCAUGGUGAAGCUACUAUGAGGCAGGAAAUUUCUUAUGCUGAGCAUUUGGUCCAAAAUGGAUAUAUUUUAUUGCAACUGAAAAAUGGGAACUGUGCCAAUCUGGCGCGACUUGUAACUGUCGGAUUGAAGGGUGUUUUGUUGAUUGGACUACCGAUGGCCAACCCAAGAUUGACGCAUAAAACUUGGCGAAAUGAUUUAGACGAUGAAAAUGUAGCUGACGAUCCGUGGAAUUGGUGGAACAAUUUUCGUUCGUAUGCCGACCACGAUACUCAUGUGAAGGUAGCUUUGGAAUUCACUGCGGACAUUCCGAAGAAACAAGACAUUUAUCGUUGGUUGGGUGAACCAGUAGAUGCCAUCGUGUUGUCCUCGAAUAUAUUUUUGACAAAUUCCAAUAACUACCCAGUGCUGUCAAAGGCACACCAGGAGCUGCUGGUUUUAUUUCAUCGAACUCUAGGUUGCCAUUUUAUAUUGAAGGCAAAUGCAGAGGACAAACGGCUUGUUCAUUAUGCGGACUACAUUAAGUACAUUAUACGCACAAACUACGUUAAAGAUCCAAUGCAAGGUUAUGACGAUUUGUUAGAGAUACCGUUGCAGCCGCUGUACGACAAUCUGGAUAGUUUUACGUAUGAAGUGUUUGAAAAGGAUCCGGUAAAAUAUAUUCUGUAUCAGAAUGCUAUUGAAGAUGCUCUUCGUGAUCGAGUACCGACAGCGGAAUUAGAAACACGGGUUUCCAUUAUAAUGGUCGUCGGAGGAGGUCGAGGUCCUCUUGUUCGUGCUACGCUCAAUGCGUCGGUCAAAAGCAAACGUAAGGUUAAGAUCUACGUAAUCGAGAAAAACCCUAAUGCGAUCGUUACACUCAGCGCGUUGAUUGAAGAACUGUGGAAGGAUAAAGAUGUUGAGCUUAUCUCAACCGAUAUGCGUGAGUUUGAACCACCAGAGAAGGCCGACAUUAUUGUUUCGGAACUUUUGGGGUCCUUUGGUGAUAACGAACUAUCGCCGGAAUGCCUGGACGGGGCACAGAAACAUCUAAAAUCGGAUGGAAUCAGCAUUCCUUGUAAAUCUACAUCCUAUCUCAAUCCAGUGAUGACAUCGAAAAUCUAUAAUCAGAUUCGAUCGCUAGAAAAAUGUGCUCACACCAAGGAUCGUAUCGUGACCUCCCGUUUCAUGGAAGGCUCGUACGUUGCGUAUUUGAAGAAUGCGUAUCACAUCGACAACCCUCAAUCGUUGUUUGAGUUUGUCCAUCCGAACCGAGACCGCGUAAUCGAUAACUCUCGAUUCAAAACGCUUCACUUCAAGGCAUCACUCGAUUGUGUGAUGCAUGGCUUUGCCGGUUAUUUCGAUACCGUUCUCUACAAGGACCACACGAUCAGUAUUCAUCCGUUUACGCACACCCGAGGGUUGGCUUCGUGGUUUUCUAUGUUUUUCCCACUAUUCGAGCCUAUACAAAUUCGGAAAGGUGACGAGAUUGUGAUCAAUUUCUGGAGGUGCGUUGCAUCGCACAAGGUCUGGUACGAGUGGAACGUAACUGCGCCAAAGCAAACUCACAUUCACAACGUACAGGGACGAGGGCAACCGAUUUGGAAGUAAAUAAAUGUUGUGUUCAGACUCAUUAUCAUGUUCUAAUGUAUAAGUAAUAGAAAUCAUGCUGACGUAUCACAUCCGUUGUGUGACAGAUAAUCAAAAUGUUCAAUUCGUUAUUGUUGAAGUUUGAAAUAAUUAUUUACGAAUCCAAAACUCCCACGAAUG